GUUAAAACCUUUAACUAUUUUUCUAUAACCUUUUACUGUACCUUUACUCUUUCUUUUGUCUCUUUUUGACCUUUUUUUUUCCCCUCUGCUUUUCGGCAUCUCCUUUUUCCUUUGAUUGUCUGGUCUUGCAUUGUAUGCUUUGUUUUAAGCAUAUGCAAAAUUGGGAAACUGAAAGGCUUUUCUUCUUCUUCAUGUGCUCGAGGGUUGAAGGGUUUUAGUUCCAAAAAGAUUAGCUUCAAGAUUACUCAGCAAAAUGGAUGUAUUUUUCAUCUGGAAAUUAUUGAUUUACUAAACCCCUUGACUUUCACAUUUGCUGCUAAAUUAUCUGAAUGCAAUGGAUAGCAGCCAACAUGAAAAUGGUAGGCAUAACGUGGACUACUACAGAGGAGCACAUUCCCUGUGGAAUAUGGAUUCCCAGCAUCAAGUAAAGGAGCCAAAUGCAUUAGUCAUGAAUAAAAAAAUAAGGUCCAUUAUGGCUGAAAGGCAGGCUGCCAUUCUAGAACACGAACUAGAGGCUGCUAUAUCUGAAAAGAAUGAAGCCUUGGCUGCUCGUGAUUUGGCCCUUCGACAAAGGGAUGAAGCACUUGCGCAAAGGGAUAAUGCCCUAAAGGAACGGGAUAAUGCCCUCACAGCACUUAAAAGUCAGAACAUUUUCAAGUCAGGUGAUGGAGCUCAACGUGGAUCAAAGCGGAUGCGCCAAACUGCAUGCAGCCCAAAGGAUAUAUCCAGAAGGGAUGUCUCUCCAAUGACGGCUAAAGUUUCUGAAGCUGUCAAAUCUAAUCAAGCUAAAAGAAUGAAGGAUGAAAAUGUAAUUAAUUCUAAGGUAUCAAAACCACAUAGCAAGGCAAAGAAAAUGGGCGAGGAUUUAAAUAGGCAGGCAGCUUCUGAAGGGAUAAAGUUCAAAUCUGAAUGGGAUAUGCAGGAUGUUGGCUUGAAUUUGGUUGCAUUUGAUGAAACUAUCAUGCCUGUCCCAAUAUGCACCUGCACUGGAGUACCCCGGCAGUGCUACAAAUGGGGGAAUGGCGGAUGGCAGUCUUCUUGUUGUACCACGACGUUGUCAGUGUAUCCACUGCCACAGCUUCCAAACAAGCGCCACGCCCGCAUUGGGGGACGAAAGAUGAGUGGGAGUGUCUUUACAAGAUUGCUUAGUAGGUUUGCUUCGCAAGGUCAUGACUUAUCUACACCAUUGGAUCUUAAGAACUACUGGGCUAGACACGGAACAAAUCGGUACAUUACUAUCAAGUAGCUUGUAGGCAUUCAUUUGUAUGGAGUUAUGCUUUUCAUUUUGGACCCUCUUUUGACAUUUGAGAUCAUGCCUUGGUGAGUAAGAUAUGCUUGAAUUUUGUGAAUUCAUCGAGUGAAUUUGGUCAGAGGGUUGUUUCCAUCUCUUAUUUUUAGUUGGUUUGACCCAACUGAAAAUUGGAUAGUUGUAAGUUAUCAUGAUAUUUGUACAUGUGACUUUCAAGCUGAUAAGAAGUAGGAGUUGUGUAUGUUUCUAACUCUCUUGAGUA